AUGAACAUCCUCCUGCCGUCUCUCUUCGGUCUACACUGUAUCAUGGGGCCUGAAGGUGUAGUGCCUAACAUGAACCUUAUAGAGUCACUUGCAGACCAUGCAGAGAUCGAUAUUUGGAGCAUGGUCCCGUCAUUAGUCGAUGAGCUUGGUGAAACGCCCGAUGUUUUGGUCAAGCUCAAGCAAUCCAAAUUCAUCUGCGCUUCCGGUGGCCCAGUCAGCCCUCUUAUCGGAUCAAAAGUCAACGAUGUCGUCCGAGUUCUAAACCUGACCGGUACUACAGAAGGCCUGUUUAUGGGGAAUCUAUGGGUAGAAAAACAAGACUGGUAUUAUUUUGCCUUUCACCCAUUCUCCGGGUUCGAGUUCAAGGAAGUAGAGUCAGGCGUCUAUGAACAUUGGGUACAUCGCAACGACCACUGGCCCCUAUUCCAAGGUAUCUUUCAUACUUUCCCGAAUGAAAGGAGUGUCAACUUCAAAGAUCUAUACACCAAACACCCUACUAAGCCGAAUCUAUGGGCUUACAAAGGGCGCAAUGACGACAUCGUUGUGCUGUCUAAUGGCUAUAAGAUCUCACCGUUGGAAACAGAGGCUUUGAUCGGAGCAGGGAAGCCUCAGGCAGGUCUUCUAAUUGAGCUUGAAAACCCAACUUCCAAGACCAACGUGGUAUGGGAUAGUAUCUGGGCUACAAUUGAACGCGCCAACGCAUUGUCGUUGCACAAAAAUCAGGUGCAAAGUGAUUACGUCGCUUUCGCUGAAUUAGAUACACCUUUUUCCCGCACUGAUAAGGGAACGGUGAAGCGACGGGCCACGCUCGAGGCGUAUGCUGAUUACAUCGAGCGCUUCUAUAGCUCACGGUCGGACCAAGACACCGAGUUCUUAGCUAUCGACACCAGUUCUAUUGUUUCCAUCACCGAUGCCAUCCGUCACGUCUUAGGCAGUUUCUCACCUGCUAUUAAGAAGGCCACACCCGACGAUGACCUCUUCGCCAUGGGCUUCGACUCGCUGCUCGUUUUUCGUGCUAUCAAGACUCUUCGCGUAGCCACCGGGCUUCGUGACCUGUUGGCCCCAAGGCAUCUCUACGGCAGCCCUACACUCCGCCAGUUCUCAGCGACGUUGGCUCAGCUGGUGGCCGACAUGCAUAGGAAGGCGAUUGACAGAUCAGCUUCGAAUGGAACGGUUGCAGACAACGUCGCCGAGAUGUACCGCAUGAUCAAUUUGCACCGCAUGCGUCUCUCACAAAAGGUUAGCCCUUUCGACCAGAUGAGCCCCAACAUAUAUCUGGGCAUGAAGUUUUUCUACCAGCUCCGCAAGGGCGCCCGUUUUGAAGACGUGUUUGUAAGAUUACAGGCAGGGCUGCGUCGGGCCAUGACACUCAUUCCCGAGCUCGAGGGUAAGCUGAUGCCCUGUUCGGAGGACGAGAUAGGGUACAAGAAGGGUGACAUGCGCAUUUCGAUUCCCCCGGUGCCUUGUACGGCGACGGCGAACCGCAGCACCGAGUCAUCCAGGCCACGACAACUGCGUUACCAAGACCUUUCGGCGGUGCUCCCGUCCUUUGCGGAGCUUCGUGCCGGUGGCUUCGCGUCUUCAGGCUUUGCAGACGAUGUCGUACUUUCAAGCCCGUUGCUGCCGCCGCUGCCGGCCGACUUGUUCGUCGCGCAGGCCAAUUUUAUCACUGGUGGCUGUAUCCUAGCCAUCAACAUGCACCACCAAUGCUUCGACGGCACGGGCACCAUUAUGGUGAUGCGUAUCUGGGGUGAAUGCUGUCGUCAUGUGCAAGGCGAUGCCUCGGCGACGUGCGCCUGGCUGGACAAAGAGAGUUUGAACCGUAAUCUUCUGCAAAUUCUAUACGAGAUGGAGGGGUAUGCGAAACCGGCAGGCCAAGUAGACAAGAACGUAUGGGGUUUCAUCGACAUCCCGGAUCCGGCCGAGACAGGGACGGAGUGUGUGACCGAAAUUAAGAACCUCGUCACCGAGUCGUCGCUCCCUCCGGCUCCGUUCUUCCCCCGGAAUUUUCAAUGGCCGCCGAAACCCCUUUCCAACGGCCAGCACUUGGCUUCAUCCACCUUUAUCAUUCCGACCGAAAUGAUUGAGCAGCUCCGGCAAGACGUUCUGGCUGACCCCGCAGCCGGGGGCCUCAUCUCGGACAGCGACAUGAUCCAAGCAUUCGUUUGGCGAGCGGCCGUCAAAGCGCGUCGCCAUGUGGCGAUACAGCUGCGCGACGAGACCUUUGAAACGGAUGAGAUGGCCAUCGUUGAGUUGCCUAUCGAUGCCAGGCCUUAUUUCUCAAAGCUGCUGCCAGAGUCGUAUAUGGGCAACCUCGUCGUCAUCAACCGGCCGAGCAUGCCGGUCUCGACGCUCUGCGGCACAGAAACAACAGUGGCGCAGAUUUCACAGGUGCUCCGCGCUGCUGCUGUCCACAUCACGCCUUCAUUAGUCCAUGAUGCAUUCACGCUGCUGCAGUCAGUGCCUGACUACACCAAAGUGACUACUGCGUGCAUGGAGAUGGAGGGGAUGCACACCGCCGUUAAUAAUUUGAUGCUUUUCCAGACGAGUGCUAUCUCUUUCGGAGACGAGUUCCUGGAUGAUGGCGGCGUGCCAUCUGCAAUGCGCGUGCAAAUGGAUGCUAUCAACGCGGCAUUCCGCAUGUUGGUUAUACAUCCACUGCGCGAGGACGGUGGGAUUGAGCUUGUCAUUGGCACGCUGCCAGAAGAACUUGAUGCGCUGCUGGCAGAUGGCGAGUUCACUAGGUAUUGUAGGUUUGUAGGUUAG